AUGGCUGUCACCGACAGUAUUCAAAACGUCAAUGGCGCUGGCAACCCCCGCCGUAUGCUGCUCAUCUCAGUGCCCCGUACUGCGUCCAAUCUUCUCAUGAAAAUUCUCAACAUCCACGAGCAACCUCAAUUUCAUACCAGCCAAAAGGGUGGAUAUUUCUUCUACCCGGCUUUCGUCUCAACUGCACAGAGCGGUUAUCUGGGCAAACCCGCGGAGCAAUGGUCGCAGGAUGACAAGACCUCCGUGAAAAGUGCUUUCCAGGGGUGUCUCGAUGCUCUGGAGAAUGAAUCUGCGCUGGCGCAGAAAGAUGGAAAAGCCAUGUUCGCAAAAGAACACGCCUUCUGGUUCUUUAAUCCCGCGGCCCUGGACAAGAUGAGAACAGGCACCGGGGACCCAGAGUUUUUUAAAGCUUUCCACAUGGACAUUUCGGAUUCCUACGGCCCUUCUAGGAGCUACUCCGCCCACAACGAAACCAUCUUGCCGGACGAGUAUAUGUGUUCUUGGCAAUUUGCCUUCAUCAUUCGUCACCCAGCUCUGGCCUGGCCGUCGAUGUACCGUGCGAUGAAAAAGGUUGCCGACAGUGGAUUCCUAGACGAGGAUGGUGUCAAGGGUUCAUCCCUGACCAAUAUGACCAUGCGCUGGACUCGCAUGCUUUAUGAGUGGUGCUUGGAACAGCCCGAUGUCCCGGUUGCGCCGCCGUUGGUGGAUGCUCACGACCUGAUCCACAACCCGGAGAUCGUGUACAAGCUCUGUGAGCAGACUGGUCUUGACAAGAGUGUCCUGCAGUUUGAAUGGAAUAACAAUGGCGAGCCGAAGAGAUCCGACAGCUGGGAGGCACCCUCGAAUGCCAAUGCCGAGGAGCCCGAUAUCCAGCGUCAGACUGCUUCGAUUUUCCUGUCUACCCUCGAGGAAUCAAAGGGUAUCGUCAAGGAUAAGGCGCCUGCCACCAUUGAUAUCGACACUGAAGCAGCCAAGUGGAAGGCUGAGUUCGGCGAAGAAAUCGCUGGACUGAUCGAGGAACGCGUGAGAGACUCGAUGCCUGAUUAUGAGUUUUUGAAGGCCCGACGGAUCACGUUGUAA